GACUGACAACGGCUUUCGAAAGCCUCGCCCGUUGGUCAAUCAUGAAACAUAGAGAACACAUAAGAGUCAAAUGGCGAUGGCGAGCUGGCCUAAGCCCCUCCCCCGGUUCUCUCCCGGCUCUCCCCGAUCACAAGGACGUGUGGUCUUCAAUCGAUCCUGACCUUUAUCUCCCCUCCUCAUCUUCUUCUGAGAGCUUUGCCUUUGCCUUACUUCUUCAGCGUGAGGCUAUCAUAGGCCUUGUCACUUCUAUCACCUUGAAGGAUAACACAGAGCCGAAUCCUCUGUCGAGUCGAUGCCGUGGUAUCUCUCCCAGUCUACUCAUCUACUCGUGUGUCGGGGCUUUGUGGUCGCAUUCUGAGUCUCAUGAUACAACUCCAUGCCCGCUCUAUAUUCGUAUCCAUGGGGCCGGUACAUAUGCAAGGCGUUCAUGAGAUCUCGCAGCAGAUUAGAUACGCGCCUCUGGGCGUUCCCUGAGCUCCCUGGUACGUGCGUUGAACCUCACGAACGUGUUUUAUCCGAGUUGACAUGUAUAACGACAUUAUUGAUCAUGAUGAAAUGAG